UGCGGUCAUACCCCUGUUCUACUCCAUCAUAGGGCCCACUCAUCAUUGUUGUUUUGAUUGGUAGCUUGUGGAGAAGCGAGCGAUGUGAGAAGGCGAGCAGUUUCAUUUCAAUGCACUGUGUUCUCCUUCUACGAGGAGCGAAAAACAGAAGCAAGGAGGAGGGGUUGUACUGGAAGGUUUUGAUCCAGCAAGGAUCGAAAAAUAGAAACAUGGGAGGAGGGGUUGUACUGGAAGACUUGGUAAAUCAGCAGCAGGAGGCAUAUAUGUACUCAUCCUGGAUGAUGAGGAACUCGACUAGGCACGGAGGAGUUCGAUCUGCUUGUUUGGGAAACCUGGAUCUCGGGUUGAGGAGCUCAGCCCUAUCAAUUCAAGCGAUGAGAAGCUCGAUCCCCUCAGGAGGGCAUCAAUUUGAGUCUCGAGCACUCGUUCCCCGCAUGAGGUCGUCGAUUUGGGUAUUGGUGGGAGCAGCACUGCAGCUUGCCUAUAUGGUUGUACUAAUUUGCUUCUCUGGUUGCUCAAUUUGCUUCAAAAUUUGUAUUGAUGUGCUUUUUCGUUCUGAAUAUGCACAUCAAGUGGUGUUUUUCUGAUUUUCA